UACACCAAAUAAAGCUCUAGCCUCUAGCUUUUUUCCUCUGCCUCAUAAAUCUCUGAGAGAUUCACAUUUCUCAGAUACACAAACAAACAGUGAAAAAUCAUGGAAGCAGCAGCAGCAAACAUCAACGAAGCGCAAAUCGAAACCCUAGACCCUCCUCUUCCUCCUCCACCGGAAACCCUAGAAUCCUCUUACUACCACCAAAACCAACCACAACCACCACCUCCUCACUCCGAAACCCUAAUCCCAGAUCAAAACCCUUGCAACGAUUUUCCCCAAAAUACCCUCGACGACAAUAAUAAUUCCUCUUUUCCCACCAACAAACCCUUGCUUUCCGAAAACGGCGGCUUGACCAACAACACCCACAGCGGCACCGGCACCACCGACAAGGAUUGUUCCGGCGGCGAAGAGGAAACCACCAGCCGACGUAGUCGCCGCCGCAGCCGAUGGGAUCCGCAGCCCGAUUCUAACAACAAUAACAGCAUCGUUGUCUACGGCGUCGAUAGCAGCAACCAGAAUGGCAACGGCAGUGGCGAAUCGGGCAGUGGGCCGCGGAAGAGGAAGUCGCGAUGGGCCGACGAUGAGCCCAAGCCCCUGCCGACUUCGUUGCCGAUUCAGCUCCCUGAUUUCAUGAAAGAACUCACUGGAGGUAUUGAAUUUGAUCCUGAAAUUCAAGCUUUGAAUAGUAGGCUUUUAGAGAUUAGUCGAAUGUUAUCGUCUGGUUUGCCUUUAGAUGAUAGACCUGAAGGGGCUCGAUCUCCUUCACCGGAACCGAUUUAUGAUAAUAUGGGAAUUAGGAUUAACACUAGGGAGUAUCGUGCUCGAGAGAGAUUGAACCGAGAGAGGACUGAGAUUAUUUCCCAGAUUAUUAAACGUAACCCGGCUUUUAAGCCGCCUGCGGAUUAUAGGCCACCCAAGCUUCAGAAGAAGCUUUAUAUACCGAUGAAGGAGUACCCGGGUUAUAAUUUUAUCGGGCUUAUUAUCGGGCCAAGAGGGAAUACCCAGAAGAGGAUGGAGAGGGAGACGGGUGCUAAGAUUGUGAUCCGGGGUAAAGGGUCAGUGAAGGAGGGUAGGUUGCAGCAGAAGAGGGAUUUGAAGCCUGAUCCUUCUGAAAAUGAGGAUUUGCAUGUGUUGGUUGAGGCGGAUACGCAGGAUGCACUUGAUGCUGCAGCGGGGAUGGUGGAGAAGCUGUUGCAGCCGGUGGAUGAGGUGUUGAAUGAGCAUAAGAGGCAGCAGCUUAGGGAGCUGGCGGCAUUGAACGGGACAAUAAGGGAUGAAGAGUAUUGUAGGUUGUGUGGUGAACCGGGGCAUCGGCAGUAUGCGUGCCCUUCGCGUACUUCGACUUUUAAGAGUGAUGUGUUGUGUAAGAUAUGUGGUGAUGGUGGGCAUCCAACUAUUGAUUGUCCAGUGAAAGGGACUACUGGAAAGAAGAUGGAUGAUGAGUAUCAGAACUUUUUGGCAGAGUUAGGAGGUUCAGUUCCUGAGUCAUCAACCAAACAAAGCACUAUGUUGGCACUUGGUUCUGGAACUAGUAAUUCAGAAAGCAAUCCUCCUUGGGCUAAUAAUACUAGGAAUGCUGUUAGUACAUCACAUGCUGGAUUAGGGGCAACUGUGGUCAAACCCACGAAGGAAAUUGAUGAUACAAACUUGUAUAUUGGGUACUUGCCACCUACUCUUGACGAUGAUGGUUUGAUCAGUUUGUUUUCACCUUUUGGUGAUAUUGUGAUGGCUAAGGUUAUCAAGGACAGGGUUACUGGACUGAGCAAAGGGUAUGGUUUUGUGAAGUAUGGAGAUAUUCAAAUGGCCAAUAAUGCCAUUGCAAGCAUGAAUGGUUAUCGGCUAGAGGGGCGGACUAUUGCGGUGAGAGUUGCCGGUAGGCCUCCUCAGCCUGUUGUGCCUCCCGGCCCACCAGCCUCGGCAAUGCCCACAUAUCCUGUUUCAAGCCAGCCCCUCGGUGCCUAUCCAUCUCAACAAUUUGCAGCAGGUGGCCCUCUUGGGAAUGCGCCACCUCCAAGUUACGGGGGCACUCCAGUUCCAUGGGGACCUCCUGUUCCUCCUCACUAUUCUCCUUAUGCUCCUCCUCCCCCUGGUUCAACCAUGUAUCCUCCUGUCCAGGGUCAACCUAUGCCACCUUAUGGUGUACAGUAUCCUCCACCUGUGCAGCCAGUUCCCCCUGGUGCCCCUUCUCAGCCUCCAACUUCAAGUGAAGCACAACAAAGUUACCCUCUUGGAGUGCAAACUGAAAACAGUACUUCUGCUCAAUCUAUACCAACCAAUAUGUAUGGGAACUCUAUGGCUGCAGCGCCACAACCUACAUAUCCCACAUCUUCAUAUGGCUAUCCAUCUUAUUACAGUGCAGUUCCACCGCCACCUCCGCCUCCUGCAUCUGUUCCUGGCUCAACUGCUGAUCAAUCACAGGGCAUUGGAAAUGUUCCCUGGGCCACAAAUCCACAGGUUCCCCCUCCUGGUUCUUCUGCAGAGAAGACAAACUAUGGUGCAGAUGCAGAGUAUGAGAAGUUCAUGUCAGAGAUGAAAUAAUUUGGGUUCUUUUGUUACCAACAAGUUGAUAGGCUGAUGUUUCAUGGAGAUGUGUCAACCUGAUUUCUUUCCUCUUGCCAUGAUUUUGUUGGAAGUUGGGACUCACAUCUUUAACCUUGCUGUGCUGUUAUGACAUUUGCAGAGACUUGGAGUAGUUCAGCUUGUAGAGUCUUGUAUUGGAGAAGCCACUUAUAUGAUUAUUAUUAUGAAUCUCUGGGUGCUCUUGUAGGACUUAAAAUUCUUUUGUUGCUUGCUUGUUACCUUUUACAGAAUGUCUGUCUCCUAAUGUUUUCUUUCUAUCAGUUAUCUGAACUUUUUUCCAAUAUUAUGUUACUGACGUUUUAUGUUACAUCUCAUUCGACCUUUUUGGGUUGCUAACUUUUGUUGAUUGCUUUUCCUAACUUGUUUUUAGUUUUGAUCAUAAUGACCAUUUUUAUUUUGAGGAUUUUUUGGCUAUCCUAAUGCUAUGGUGCUGAAGCUGUCUCUUGCACGCCCUUUUCCAUACUGUAAAGAAGGUAAAUAUGCCUUAUUAUUUAAGGUAUUUUGGGGUAGGUGGAAGAAGUACCUUGCUUAUGACUUUGUUCUUAUAUUCAUUAUGCUUCUAAGCGUACGCAAUGUCUUUUGAUGUCUUCUUUCAGUUCUUAUGUGGCAGGUAAAAGAAUUCAGAAUUGUGUGGCUAUUAAAGAUAUUAGAUUUUGGCAGUCUGCAUAUUUCCUCCAUUAGCUGUUAAAUUGACCAAUUGUGCAGGGUUUGAAAUUUUUGAGGGGUUUGACUUGAUUUAUUAAGUUACAAAAUUAUAAAAUUAGUGGCAUUUUUUGUUUUUAGUUGAAGUCAUUAUGAUGGUAUGGUUUAUGGUAUGGAUGAAAUGUCAGUCAAGCCUGUGAAUAGUUUGAUUGAAGCAUUGUUUUCUGGUGAGCAGAAAUUAAUGAACAAUGUUAAGAAGAGCAUUAGCAGAGGACAGAGUUUGGCUCCAACCACCAAUAGGAAGAUGCCAUUUAUACUUGUCAUGUGCACUGCAUGACUCACUUAACUCAACUAACCAAGUGAGUCAUGUGCAAUGCAUAUAGCAAGCCACAUGGCAUCUUUCUAUUGGUGGUUGGAGCCAAAUCUUUUCCAUUAGCAAAACAAUUGGUUUGUACGAUUUCCCCCCAGAUAUCAGCUCCUAAGUGUUCUAGAAGUAAGGUUUACUUUGAUUAGGAAGAGGUGACAUUUACCCACGUAAGUUAACAAGUUAUGGAAUGUAUUUUCAGAAUGAUAAAAAAAGAAUAUAAAAAGAAUUUUACGGCAUAAACUCUUUUAAAUUCAUCAUGUGGUUACAAAAGGCAAUACGGAUAAUUUUAAAUGCACAUCUCCUACUUUGGAAUUAGGAAUAGAGUCUUGCAAGUGAUUGUGUGUGCAUAUUGCACGUAAACAGCUUUAUUCCCAUCCAUGGAUACCUAAAGGUGUUAUACAUGUUUAUGGACUCGGUGUGGAUUUAAUAUUUCUAAAUAGUAUCCAAUAGUCCUAUAGCUCAAUUGGUUGGCACCUCUUAGUGUUUCCAAAGGAGGCAGGUUAUAAGGUAAGUACUUUGUAAUUCAAUAUUUUGGCCAUAAUUUGAUUAUGUCCAUCAUUUGAUUGGCACUGAUUUCAGAAAGUGCUCAAAACGAUGACUUCAAUGAAGUUAUUAUUGCAUAUUUUAGUCAUAAAACAUUUGCAAGUUAGGCCCUAGAAGAGUAUAAAGGUCCAUCAUACAUUGGCAAGUUUUAAAUUUUCAUUUUGCAUGUUAUAUAUAUGUCUGGUAGUGCAUACAAUCAGUUCACUUCAUAAGGGGCACUUGUGAUCUCACUUGUUCUGAUUCAUGUGUAAUAGUCUAGAAUCCAUUUGUGUUGAUAUUUUCCAGUUUUCAUGCACACCUAUUAAACAAUAAUUGUAGAUGCCUUGGUUGCUUUUGCUAUCAUAUUUAUGCUCUUUACUUGGCAAUGCCUUGCAUAAUAUGGGCUUCUUAACAAAUUUGUUGGUACUCAAUAUACAUGUAUAUAGCAAACAAAGUUUGUAACACAACUCCUUAGAUGGUCACGAUUUUUAACAGAUUAUGCUUUCUUUUUCUUAGAAAUUGGUUAUUUGGUUUACAUGUUUAGAUGAUCCCCAAAUUAUUCUUCUAACUAAAUAAAUUGAAAAUUCUGACAACAAAUCUUAAUGAUAACGUCAAUUUACAACUAUUCUCCUUGCAAGCUCUGAAAUAAGAGUUUAUGGUUUGUUAUGGUAAAUUGGUUACAUAUUGAAUUGAACAGUAGUGUUCAAGCUACUUGUCUUUUGUUGAUGUUAAUAGUGUGAGAUAAUCUUUCUCUAGGGUUAGGCUGUGUAUAUUUGUGGCUGUAGACAUGUAAGCUAUUGAAUAAUUUUUGUGCCAUGAGAUUAAGAAAGGUGGAAUAUGUUGUGUGUCUUCUAUAAUACUCCACCUUCUAUGUUCAAUAAAGUAAAAAUGUUUUUUUGGAAAGUAGUUUGUUUUCUCAUUUGUCUUUUUUAGGUUAACUGGCUCUAUUUUUAAUUGAUAAUUAACAAAUUCACACAAUGGAUUCUGAAGUCUGAACACAAGUUGUCACCCUCCACCCCAUUCUUAAGUGAUUUGAGCUAGAACUAAUUACCAACUGAGAGUUCUUUUUCAUACUUCUAAAGUUUGUGUUUUUGUGUGAAAGAAACAUCUCCCCCCUCCCUCCCAAGGAAAAAAGAGGAAAUUACUUUGAUGUUCUUAUUAUUGGAUGAUGAUAACAGCUACACUAAUAGCUGGUACAUAGAUUCUUUUAUGUAUGUAUCACUUGUUUUGUAUGAGCUAUAACCUAUCUGCAUAUUUCUUGUUAUCUGGACUGUGCUUUUCUUGACAACAAAUUUCUAAUUGAACAAAGUACCAGGGACUGAUGCUCUUGUCAAUCUCUAUGAGCAUGAUUUGUUAUUAACUUUUGACUUAUCCAGUUAUUCCCUUUUGCUCUUUGCAAUGUGUCUUGCAUCUUCUGUACUGCUAAAGCAACAGUUAAUACAAUUGCAGUUUCUCCUUUUAUAGGCUGAUUAGCCUUUUUGACUUAUUCACUUUAGAUGAGACCGUUCCUCCAAGAACAUAGCAAAUGCCCUCACCCAUGUGUCAGGUAAUUUUAGAAUUAUCCUGUGGAGCUGGCCCUCAUGUUGGGCUUGGAAAGGAACCUAACUUUUUUACACCAUGAGGGUUGCUGUUUGUUAGCUAUUGUGAGGCAAGAGAAAUUUUAGUUCUAUCCAUGGCUGUGGAAGUCUAGAGAAUGUUUUCUACCUUGAAAUUGUUGUCUUGUUUGUAACAGAUGAGAAGGGGAAAUUUUUGUCAAAAGAAAAUUUCUAUGUUGGCUUAUAAUCAUUUUGCUUGUUUAGGCAGGGGUGGGGUCCAGCAUUUUCUGAUUCCUAUGUUAGAAAUUGAAAUAGGAAGUCUGUUCUAUAUAUCUGUAGGUUUUGCAUUGAAUGAGGUUCUAGUUAGACAUUUGGGGCUUUAAAAGUUUAGCUUAACAUUGAUUGUUGAAGAAUUUCUUGGAGUACUGGAAUAAAACAUUAAUUUCUUGAUGUUUCCUGGCCAUGUGUUGAUGCAUCCAUUCAUAUCUGGGAAUCUUUUAGCUUGUACUGCCUUUUGUUUUGGUCAUGAAGUGGGAUAUGGAAUGUGUGGGCAUUUGUUGACUUCUUCACUGGCCUUGCAGCUUAAGCACAAACAAGGUCACAAGCAUUUCCUUGCCACUUGGCAGUCUGUGAUUUGCACAUUUUUAAUUUUUCAUUGACAGUUGCUUGAUCACAUGACUGCAUGCAAAGUACCCCCACCGUAUAGAUUUGUCUUUUGAGAUUCUGCAAAACUCAAGCAGAUCCUGCAGGUUUUUGUGAAGUAUUAUCACUGUGCUAACAUGAUUGUGACUAAAUUGGUCAGGAUUUACAUUUUUGAGAUGAUAGAAUGUUCUGAAAGGUGUUUUCUGUUGUGAGCUCGGCAGACCCUCAUCAAUGAAGAUAUUGCUUCAGCUAUCGAACAAGUGUUUAAUUAUCUCAAUUAUUCUAGGGUGGGUUGGCCAUUUAUUUUGCCCUUUUUACAUUUGGCUGGAGGAAAUAAAGGAAGAAAACAGGGAAAAGGAGAGGAAAAAAAAUGUUUUUGGAAGUUGUUGGGGAGGGUUGGGGGUUUCCUUUGGGGUUAAAUGAGAAUUCAUGUUCCUUUAGUCUAGGCGUGCAAAUGAGUAGGUCAUCUUGUUACUUUGUUGUAUGUAGCUAUUGUACGAUUCAAUGAUAAACAAUAUAUUCCCCUUCAUAUAUGGCACGAUUGUUUUAGUUUUGGUCCUGGUAGUGGUGAUGCCAUUAUAACCUAGUAAGAAAAUUGAGCGACGGUGCUGGGCCAUGAUACACAUUGUGUUCUUAUCUCAUAUGCAGGUUUUUUAUUGUGAACAAUUCAUAGCCUUAGUUUUAUUUUUCAGAUGAAUAACAUUUUGUGAUU